AUGGAUAAUUAUUCCAAGGAAUUAUUACAAUCCUGGGAUUUAGAUGUUCUCAUUAAACAUUUUGAAGAAAAUUGCAUCGAUAAAGAUGCUAUAACAAAUUUAACAUCUGAUUUAAUGAAAGAACUAAUUCCACAAAAAGAAGAAGAGAGGACUAAUUUAAAUACUACGCACACAUAUUCAUCUGACGAAGAGAAUGAAGUUCAUAAUGAAAGAGACAAUGAAAAUUUAAUUGAUAAAGAAAAUUGUUUUGCUGGAUCAUCAGUAUUUCGAAAAUUGCAACGACCAUCCGUUAAAAAUAUUUUAAAGUUGACUACACAAGGUCGUGCAAUCUUAAAAUCAUAUGAGAGAUGUAAAAUAUUAAGUAGAAAAUGUAGAAAUACAAUUGUCGAUCUUAUUUUGUCCGAAAUUUUAAAUAAAAUUCAUGGGCCACUGAAAAAUGAAGAUUUUAAUUCGUUAUCUAAGGAGAUUGAAGAACUGUUUCCAACAGAAACAUGUUGCACUUACUAUGUGCCACCUAUAGCUAAGAAGUUUUCAAGAAAUAACAAAUCCAUAACGUCUCGUGGUAAACUUGUGGAUAAAUAUAGAAAUAAAAUACGGGAUUAUAGAAAACUAACAGGACACAGUUUAACAGAAAGUAGUUCCACAUCGACUUCAACAUAUAACAGUGAAUUAGAAGAUGACUCUAUAAUUGGUGAAAGCAUAUUGUGGCUUCAGAAUAAUUUGUCACCAUGGGAAUUAGUUAAAAAUCAUUGGAAAAUAACUGAGGCAUAUAGACGGAAUCAAAUUCAAACGUCGCAAAAUAAAAGCAUAGCGGAAAUUUUCUCUCAGUGGCCAGUAUUAAAACAACCUGCAGCACAUGCUUUGAUCGAUGAAGAUUUUAAAUUUCUUAAUGUAACAUCAGAGGAUUGUAUUAAUGAUUGGUUUAAGUUUUUUUCCAAAAUUCAAGAUGUUUGUCAUCUUAAAGAGGACAAAGUAACAAAUGAAUUACAAUCUAUGAUUGAAACGGAUAAUCUAACAAAUGAUGCUAAAGUUAUAACACAAUUUCUAUUGUUGCCUCAUCUGAUACCUCCCAAAGGAAGAAUUCGCUUAAAACAAGAACACUACAAAUCAUCAAUAAGUGAAUGCAAAAAUAGCAUUGUAUUACAUGCAAAGGUACCUGGAGAUAUAAGUCGUAUUCAAGAUAAUAAAAUUAAAAGAGCAGAACGUCUAGGAUUGACAAUACAGCCGUAUAUAAUAGUUGUUGGCCCUAAUCUUAUAGAAAUUAAUGGAUUCUACGUUUGCAUUGAUAAGGUAUUGUAUCAAGUUUCAACGGCACUAAAAGCAGUUGAUUUAUGUUUCAAAACUUUCCAUGUAUUUGAUGUUAAUUAUCCGCCAGAAAGUGAACAUAUCUGGUAUAUCGUGCAGCUUUGUCUUUAUAAAUUUUCAACAAAGUAUGAUAAACAAAUUUCCUAUGUAAUGCCAAUUAUCAAUGCUUUUAAAACAGUUAAUUCUACGAAUGAUUAAUUAUUGUAAACAUAUGAAAGUGAUAUGUAAAAAAAUUUUUACUUCUAUUUUUUAUUAUAUUGUACUUUUGCCAUAACAUGUAUAAGUGUCCAUUUUGUGUUAAUAAUUCUCCGACAGUUAAAUUUCUUACAGCACAUUUAAAAUUGGCACAUAGUGCAUCAUCGUCUACUUUCGUAUGUAAGCAGCAAAAUUGCACGCGUAGCUUUACAAAUAUAUAUUCAUUUAAGCGACAUUUAAUCCAAAAGCAUAAUCAAAAUAAUAAUUUGUAUGUUUCACCUGGAAACUUAUCUUAUGAUAACAUUUUAUGUCACGACAUUAUUAAAUCAAAUGAUAUUAAAGCAGAUCAGUUUGAAAUAUAUACUAAUUUUGAGGAAUUUUUAACGACGAAAACUUGUGAACAAUUAAUUACGGAUCCGUUAAUGACGUUAGAACAAUUUGAUGAUAUAGUCACAAAAAGGGCUGCUUUAUUUGUUUCAAAAUUAUAUUCUAAUGUAGUUUUAUCACGAUCACUUGCACAUGAAAUAAUACAAUAUGUAGACGAUCUUUAUAAAUUAACUGUAGAAAUUAUUAAACGUCAAUAUGACUGUCAGGAGAAUAAACGGAAUGUACCAUCAAACGUAAAAGAUAUGUGUAUAAUUCUACAAAAUGCUUUUGCCGAAUUCAAAACCGAACAUAAAACAUUAGAGUACUUUAUACGACAUGGAUAUCUUAUUAUGCCACAAGCUUAUGAUAUUGCCAUUAUAUUACAUCCGAAGCGCAUACAAAUGCAUAGAAGUAUAGGUUUAGUUAAUCGAGUUUUACAAAUUGUUCCUUUAAAAUGUCUUUUAACGAAAUUUUUGCAGUUGCCAAAUGUUUUUCGCAUUAUAACGACCAAUAUGUGCGAAAAUAAAUGUAGCAACGUAUUAACUUCUAUUGUUCAUGGUGAAGUAUGGAAACAUAUUGAAAAGCAGUUUGCAGAAAAAUUAGUUUUGCCACUUUUACUAUAUUUCGACGAUUUUGAAAUAAAUAAUCCUCUUGGAUCCCAUAGUGGGAUACAUAAAAUUGGUGUUGUAUAUUGUACUAUUCCUAGUAUUCCACACGAAUAUUCAAGUAUUCUAGAAAAUAUCUUUUUGCUUGAAAUGCAUGAUACGAAAGAUCAUGUAGAGUUUGGAAACGAACGUAUAUUUUUUAAUCUAGUGAAUCAAAUCAAAGACUUAGAAACAAAUGGUUUAAUUAUAAAUGUAAAUAAUAAGCAGCAAAAAGUAUAUUUUGCUUUAGUGGGAAUUAUAGGAGAUAAUUUAGGGCUCCAUACAAUUUUUGGUUUUUCGAAAAGCUUCAAUUCGUCACAUUCAUGUAGAGCCUGUUUGGCUGAUAAGAGCAUUCUACAAAAUCAAAUAUUAGAAAGAACUGAAAUAUUAAGAACUCGUUUAAACUAUGCUGCUGAUUGUGCUACAAAGACUCAUGGUGUCCAAGAGGAAUGCAUUUUUAAUACAAUUUCCAGUUUUCAUGUCAUUGAAAAUAUAUGUUUUGAUGUUAUGCACGACAUUUAUGAAGGCAUCUGUCGAUAUGAAAUUCCAAAAAUUUUACAUAACUUUGUGUAUGUAGAAAAGUUAUUCUCUUUGCACACUUUAAAUGAUAGAAUACGAUUUUUUGAUUAUCCCAUUAGCAAUAACGAAAACAUUCCACCUAUUGUAACUAAAACAUCAUUAAAAAAUGAAUAUCUAUUGACUUCGGCAUCAGAAAUGUGUACUUUAGUUAAAUUUUUAGGUUUAAUUAUUGGUGAUU